AUGGCUCCUUGCGUAUUGUGCAGAAGCAAACACCGGUUCUGUUCGCGGAUUCGUAAUUCUAGCCAGACAACUUGCACCUUGUGUGAAGAGUACGGAGUUCCAUGCAUACCUGCACCCCUGCGGACUGCACGCGAAGGACGUCGUUCUACGCCUAGCACUAUACAAAGACGGGGCCAAGCUGAGAAUGACGCUGGUCUAAUACCGUCGACGAUACGGUCAUCAUCCGAGAUCAUCAAAAUAGUGAUAGGUCUCGCUAUCGGGUCUUCAGAAGGCGGGGCUGCUUACUUUCUGUUGGCAGGCGGACAUCCCAGGAUCGGUCGAACCCACUCCCUCCUCCAGAGGGUGACCCCAAUCGAGUGGGAGAAUGGACAGGCCAGUGUACCCACUCAGUUGGCGUACGUAGCAGACGUAAGGCCAAGAUCCAAUGCCUACCGUCAGAUUUGGGGUGAUGAGGUUACGAGGCACCUCAGAGAUGGGGACAUCCCCAGUGAAAAUAUCAUGCGGUAUUUCAAACCAGUCAUCCACGGUGCAGACUGGCGGGAUGUGGAGUUACUCGAGCAACAAGUCAGCAGUCUCCCGGCCGCGGUCAGGCAGACCUUGUCGUCACCUAAUCUGGCCGCUGUCGACCUAUACGUCGACACCCUUAGGCAUGCUUAUCAUUUCGUUCUACGGCAAAUUGCCGAGAACGUUAGAGAGCUUGCAUGGCCGAUCUACGAUGAUUUGAACUCCUACCAAGGCUUCUGGCCAGAGAGCUCGCGUGGUAUAGAGCUCGAGGUGGGCAUACCGCUUCCUGGAGCAACAACAACAGACCAGGUACAGCUUGUCGUGGGAGCAGCGCGCAAGGCAGGUAUCAGGAAUCCCGUUCCAGUGGCAGAGCCCACCGCAGCACUUGCGUACUAUUUCCAGUCGCAGUUCGAAAAGCGGGUUCCGCCUCUGGUGGGGAGUACAGUCAUGGUAGUCGAUGAAGGAGGAGGGUCUUCAGACGUACAGGCGUUGUAUGUUGACCAGUCCGACCAUGGUUUCGUUGUCCGUGAGAUGGUACCUGGUGAUAAUGAAUGGUGUGGUGGAAGGAUUUGCGAUGAGAUAUGCAGAGAGAUCAUCAUGGGGAAAUUCCUGGCCAGCCCCCUCGAUACCCAGAGGGUUCUUGAGUCGCUGGGAGUUCCAUCUUCACCAAUGACAACGAGAGAGCUACAAAGCCUCUUGGACAGAAAGUUCGAGCAGGCUAAGCGCCAAUUUUCCGGUGAUCGAGGCCAAGAUCUUCUCAUUCGUGGCUUCCCUGCGGUCGCUGUUCUUGGUAACCGGGCAGGAAGAGUUCCAAUUUCGGUGGAGGAUACGGCGCAAACAUUCAGACUUUCAAUUGAUGGGAUUACCGAUAUGAUUAAGCGGAAUGUCGAGGAGGUGCGCGAGGCUGGCGCCGAUGUUGACAAGAUACUGGUCGUGGGCGGAGGUUUCAAUCAUCGAUAUACGCGUAAUCGCGUCCGACAUAAGAUUGAGGUAGCGGCCGAGGCAGGCUAUCCAAUACCUGUGGCGACAACAAGCGAGAAUACCAGCUCGAGCUCCGCCACCGUGGCCUAUGGCACGGCCCUCCUGCUGGCUGACAAAGCGUUCAUCAGUGAGAGAAUCAUCCGCCGAGGAUUCUGCAUCAUCUGGGAUGUGCCGAUCAAAGAACUCGAAAACAAGGAGAGGGUAUAUCCUCGAGAAUGGAUCAUCACAGAUAUGCAUGACGGCGCCAAAAGCGUCAUGAACGUGUCCAAGUUUCUCAUCCGUGUGGGAGAUCGGCUGCCGUGGGAGAGAUAUGUGAUUACCGAAGAAGCCUGGCGUGGUCUAUCGCACAUGGAGAACGGCCGGCGGAAGCGCCGUUGGGUUAUUUCUGAAGCGUUGUGCUACUGCGAUGCUCAGUGUCACGAUGAGGAAUUGGUCGAUGACCCAGCCAACGAGAUCCAUCGCAUGCCGAACCCUAUCACAUUUACCCUGUCGGAAGAGAAUGUCGUGGUUUCGAAACAUAUUGGACGCCCAGCACUAAUUUUCGCCGGUGGUACUAUCGUGUCGAGUAUGACGUUGCCUUGA